AUGAGCUCGAUGUUUUCUGCAGCAGCCGCACUGUUUGCGCGCACAAAUAUCUCUCAGAAUUAUACUCUUCUUUCGCCAGGUGUACCAGUACCCCCACCUCCUGCAAAUUCUGGUCUUCCUUCCUUGCCUGCUGGACCUCCCUUCAAGGCUGGACUAUGGCUUAUACAACCAGCACAACAUAAGCUGAACGGAAAGCGUGUCAGUGUCUGGACGUUUGAGAAGAGGAGCGGCGAAAUGGAUCGGUUGGGAGCUCAGGCCAAGGAUAUGGUCAUAGAAAUUCUAAAAGCUGAG